CGAAUGCACCCGUGACGGCACCAUCCAGACACGACACCGACAUGUCGGCUGUGAGUCGCAUCCGCGGCGCUUUCGCCGCGCCGAGGAAGGGCGAGACAUUCGAGCUGCGGGCAGGCUUGGUGUCCCAGUAUGCCUGGGAGCGUAAGGAAUCCAUUCAGAAGACCAUCAUGGCCAUGACCCUGGGCAAAGAUGUGUCGCAGCUGUUCCCCGACGUCUUGAAGAACAUCGCCACCUCCGAUCUCGACCAGAAGAAGCUGGUCUACCUCUACCUAAUGAAUUACGCAAAGUCGCAUCCCGAUUUGUGCAUUCUCGCCGUCAACACCUUCGUCCAAGACUCGGAAGACCCGAACCCCCUUAUACGAGCGCUCGCCAUCCGGACAAUGGGCUGUAUUAGGGUGGACAAGAUGGUGGACUAUAUGGAGGAGCCCCUGCGGAAGACGUUACGAGACGAGUCACCCUACGUGCGGAAAACGGCGGCCAUCUGCGUCGCGAAACUGUUCGACCUGAACCCGACCAUGUGCAUAGAGAACGGCUUCCUGGAGACACUCCAGGAGAUGAUCGGGGACCCCAACCCCAUGGUCGUCGCCAACUCGGUGCAGGCACUGGCGGAAAUAUCCGAGACAGCACCGGAGACGAGAGCGUUGGUGAUAACACCGGCAACGCUCAAGAAAUUGCUGAUGGCGCUUAACGAGUGCACGGAGUGGGGCAGGGUGACGAUCCUUUCGACGUUGGCCGAUUAUCCGCCUCAGGAUGUCAAGGAGUCGGAGCAUAUUUGCGAAAGAGUAACGCCGCAGUUCCAACACGUGAACCCUAGUGUCGUGCUUGCUGCCGUCAAGGUCGUGUUCAUUCACAUGAAGCUCGUCAAUGCUGACCUCGUCCGGCAAUAUCUUAAGAAGAUGGCUCCUCCACUUGUCACCCUCAUCGCAUCCGCCCCCGAGGUCCAGUACGUCGCCUUGCGAAACAUCGACCUCCUUUUACAAGCCAAGCCCGACAUCCUGAGCAAAGAACUGAGGGUGUUCUUCUGCAAGUACAACGAUCCGCCCUAUGUCAAGCUUCAGAAACUUGAAAUUAUGGUGAGGAUAGCAAACGAGAAGAACUACGAGCAGUUACUGGCCGAACUCAAGGAGUACGCGUUGGAAGUAGACAUGGACUUUGUCCGAAGGGCCGUCAAGGCAAUUGGCCAGGUCGCGAUCAAAAUUGAGAGCUCGAGCGAGAAGUGCGUCAACGCGCUGUUGGAUCUGAUCGCUACCAAGGUCAACUACGUGGUUCAGGAAGUCAUCGUGGUGAUCAAGGAUAUCCUCCGAAAAUAUCCCGGCUACGAGGGGGUAAUCCCGACGCUCUGCAACCACAUCGACGAGUUGGAUGAGCCCAACGCAAGGGGCUCGCUGAUAUGGAUCGUGGGCGAAUACGCCGAGAAGAUCAAUAACGCGGACGAGAUAUUAGCAAGCUUUGUGGACGGGUUUAUGGAGGAAUUCACACAGACUCAGCUGCAAAUUCUAACAGCCGUGGUCAAGUUAUUCUUGAAAAAGCCGAGCAACAACCAAGGGCUCGUGCAGAAGGUUCUACAAGCGGCUACAGCGGAGAACGACAACCCGGAUAUCCGAGAUCGAGCCUAUGUCUACUGGCGGCUGUUGUCGGGAGAUCUUGAUAUCGCAAAGAGCAUCAUCCUCUCGCAAAAGCCGGCGAUUACAACCACAAUGACGAGCUUGCCCGCAGUUCUGCUGGAGCAGCUGCUCGGGGAACUGUCUACUCUGGCGUCAGUCUAUCACAAGCCACCGGAGUCCUUCGUAGGAAAAGGCCGUUUCGGUGCCGACGAGAUCCAACGAGCCGCCAUUCAAGAACAGAGACAGAACGCGGCCGAAAAUCCCAUUGCUGCUUCGGUUGCGGCUGCUGCCCAAAAUGGCACAUCGGCACAGAGCAACAUCGAGAACCUCCUCGAUAUCGACUUCGACGGUGCCGCACCCGCAUCACACGAACAGGGCUCGGCAGCAGGUACGCCCGACCGAGUAGGAAGUCCGGCCGCCGGGGCCGGGCCGUCGGGUGGAUUGGCGGACAUGAUGGGUCUCUUCGAUGCGCCGCCCGCCCAAAGCAGCUUUGCAGGCGCCAGCGGCGGCGGCGGCGUAAACGAUAUUAUGAAUGGAUUUGGGGGGCUGGACUUGAGCGGGUCGAGUCAGCCUCCGCCCGCCUCGGUACAACUGGGCCACGGAAGCACAGAGCAGAAGAAGGGUGGGAGCGAAGAUUUGCUGGGGCUCUUCUAGGCCUUUAGGCGAGGCCAUACUAGCCUCAGACGAACGAACUUGAGGAAGAAUCCCUCGGCGAUCGACUCGGGGAGUAAAGGUGACUUUAUCGAGUCUACGGCUAUAGAGCAUACUCACAAGCUGUACUCGUGUCUAUACACGCGACGGGGAGAGGAAGGGGAGGGGAAAUGGGAAUCGAGAAACAAUCAGACUCCUUACCCCUUACCCCCUUCCAUUCAAAAGGGAUUGUGUGGACGUGUGCUGAAGAGAGGCACAUAUCGACAGGGCGACGACGAUGUACGGAGAGGAAGCCUUGCUAGCCUACGUAACCUAGUUCAGAAGAGCAGGGGAAAUGGGGACGCAAAGAUGUGCAAUUCGCAUUUCCCGGCCCCGCCCCCCUUCCUGACCGUCCGAAGUUCCGCGUCCUAUAUCCCCUCGCCUGAGCGUGCCCGCCCGCCCGCCUGCCGUAGACGCCCGUUUAUACCGUUAAAUUGCCUAGUUCCUUUGCUCUGCACCCUUCUCUUAAACGCGCAACCUGCCGCGCCGGCGAAUGCGCUUAUUCCUUUCCUUCCACCCCUCUUAGCAUACUCGUAGGAGGCAUCCGCGUCUAUCCACGUGCUCGCCCACCCCUUCCCCGACCGUCGCAGGUCCUCGCGCGGCUCCCCUGAUCCUGUCUCAGCUCUGGGCCGGGGCCGGGGCCGGGGCCGGGGCGCUCUGCUCGGCGGGCGCCGCGGCGCUG